AUGACCAAACUGAGCGCCCAAGUAAAAGGUUCCCUCAACAUCACCAGCCCCGGGCUGCAGAUAUGGAGAAUCGAGGCCAUGCAGAUGGUUCCGGUGCCCUCGAGCACCUUCGGCAGCUUCUUCGAUGGGGACUGCUACAUCGUCCUGGCCAUCCACAAGACGGGCAGCACCCUGUCCUAUGACAUCCACUUCUGGGUCGGCCAGGCCUCGUCCCAGGAUGAGCAGGGCGCGGCGGCCAUCUACACCACGCAGAUGGACGACUUUCUGAAGGGACGGGCUGUCCAGCACCGCGAGGUCCAGGGCAAUGAGAGCGAGACCUUCCGUGGCUACUUCAAGCAGGGCCUGGUGAUCCGCAAAGGCGGCGUGGCGUCUGGUAUGAAGCACGUGGAGACCAACUCUUACAAUGUCCAGCGGCUGCUGCACGUCAAGGGCAAGAGGAACGUGGUGGCUGGAGAGGUGGAGAUGUCCUGGAAGAGUUUCAACCGCGGGGACGUGUUUCUGCUGGACCUGGGCAAGCUGAUUGUCCAGUGGAACGGGCCUGAGAGCAACCGGAUGGAGAGACUCCGGGGCAUGACCCUGGCCAAGGAGAUCCGGGACCAGGAGCGCGGAGGGCGCACGUACGUGGGCGUGGUGGAGGGCGACAACGAGAAAGCCACCCCGCAGCUGAUGGAGGUGAUGCUGCACGUGCUGGGCCCGCGGCGGGAGCUGAAGGCCGCCGUCCCCGACACGGUGGUGGAGCCCGCGAUCAAGGCCAACCUCAAGCUGUACCACGUGUCCGACGCGGAGGGAAAGCUGGUGGUCCGAGAAGUCGCCACGAGGCCCCUUACGCAAGACCUGCUCAAGCAUGAGGACUGUUACAUCCUGGACCAGGGAGGCCUGAAGAUCUUCGUGUGGAAGGGGAAGAAAGCCAACAACCAGGAGAGGAAGGAGGCCAUGAACCAGGCGCUGCACUUUAUCAAGGCAAAGCAGUACCCGCCCAGCACGCAGGUGGAGGUGCAGAAUGAUGGUGCCGAGUCGGCCGUGUUCCAGCAGCUCUUCCAGAAAUGGACGGUGCCCAACCGGACCGCGGGCCUGGGCAAAACCCACACUGUGGGCUCCGUGGCUAAGGUGGAGCAGGUGAAGUUCGACGCGGCGUCCAUGCACGUGCAGCCGCAGGUGGCCGCGCAGCAGAAGAUGGUGGACGACGGCAGUGGGGACGUGCAGAUCUGGCGCAUCGAGAACCUGGAGCUGGUGCCUGUGGACACCAAGUGGAGGGGCCACUUUUACGGGGGCGACUGCUACCUGCUGCUCUACACCUACCUCAUCGGCGAAAGGAAGCACUACCUGCUCUACAUCUGGCAGGGCAGCGAGGCCAGCCAGGACGAGAUUGCAGCCUCGGCCUACCAGGCCGUCAACCUGGACCAGCAGUACAACGACGAGCCGGUCCAGAUCCGCGUGCCCAUGGGCAAGGAGCCCCCCCACCUGAUGGCCAUCUUCAAAGGACAAAUGAUCAUCUAUAAGGGAGGCACGUCCCGGGAUGGCAACACGGAGCCUGAGCCCGCCACCAGGCUGUUCCAGAUCCGGGGCAGCAACUCCAACAACACCAAAGCCAUCGAGGUCCCGGCCCAGGCGACCUCCCUCAACUCCAAUGAUGUCUUCGUCCUCAAGACACAGGCCUGCUGCUACCUGUGGUGCGGGAAGGGCUGUAGCGGGGACGAGCGGGAGAUGGCCAAGACGGUGGCUGACACCAUCUCCCGGAUGGAGAAGCAAGUGGUGGCGGAAGGACAGGAGCCCUCCAACUUCUGGAUGGCCCUGGGCGGGAAGGCCCCGUAUGCCAGCGGCAAGAGACUGCAGGAGGAAAACCUGUCCAUCAUCCCGCGGCUCUUCGAAUGCUCCAACCAGACGGGCCGCUUCCUGGCCACCGAGAUCCCGGACUUCAACCAGGACGACCUGGAAGAGGAUGACGUGUUUCUGCUGGACGUGUGGGACCAGGUCUUCUUCUGGAUCGGGAAGAACGCCAAAGAGGAAGAGAAGCGCGAUGCGGCUGUCACGGUCCAGGAGUACCUCAAGACCCACCCCAGUGGCCGCGACCCUCAGACCCCCAUCAUUGUGGUGAAGCAGGGCCACGAGCCGCCCACCUUCACAGGCUGGUUCAUGGCCUGGGACCCCUUCAAGUGGGAUAACACCAAGUCCUAUGAGGAGCAGAAGGCGGAGCUCGGGAACCCUGGAAACUGGGGCCAGAUCACUGCGGAGAUCACAAACCCUAAGCCAGAUGUGUUCGACGCUAACACCAGCCUCAAUACCGGGCCUCUGCCCGUCUUCCCCCUGGAGCAGUUGAUGAACGUCGCCUUGGAGGAUCUCCCCGAGGGGGUGGACCCCAGCCGGAAAGAGGCGCACCUGUCGGUGGAGGAUUUCAACAAGGCCUUGGGGAUGUCCCCGGAAGCGUUCUCUGCCCUGCCACGGUGGAAGCAACAGAACCUCAAGAAAGCAAAUGGACUCUUCUGA